CUCACAUCCUUCAUCACUGACGAAUGGAGCAGCAUCCUGAACACAUUGCUAUCGGAGGUGAACCACAAGCGGCCAUGAAGAGACGACAGAAGACCCCCCAGGAUGAAGACCCCGAAGCCGAAGCGCUACAGCUUCAUCCGCACUCGCCUCCAUCCUCUUCAUCAUCAGCACACUCUCCUCUAUCGGCCAUGCCGGCAUCGGCGUCCGCCCUCCUUGCUCUGGCUUCUCCCGCCACCCGUCGCUCCAUUUCCAUGGGCGACUUCCGCAGGGUGACGGGCGCCAUGCUCGCCGCCUCCGAGCCGGGGUCCGCUUCGGCCACGGCGCCGUCCUCCAGGCUGGUGACGCCGAGCUCCAGCAUGGAGUUCGAAGCGGCUCGCCGCCGCCUCCUGGAGGUGGAGGAGCGCCAGAGAGUCGUACGAGAGAUGGAGAGGAGACUGGAGGAGCUCCGAGAGGUGUUCGUGCGCUCCGAGCAGGAAGUGGUGCUGCACGGGGAGCGGCUCUCGAGGAUAUCGGGCGCCGCCCAACAAAGCGAGAUCUACGUGGCCGAAAGCAGCCAGCGUCUGAAGAAGGGACUUAAAUUCAAAAAGCACCGGCCCACCAUCGUGUUCUCCUCCAUGCUGGGACUCCGAACGUGCCUGCCUUGGCCUGUGAAGCUCAAAUAGGGUCGAAGACCAUGAACCGCCUUCUCCCAACCGUGCGGAUGUUUGUUUGCUCUCGUAACCCGAGGCUGGUCCUUCGGGUCUUAAGAGUGCCUGCACAAAAGAGCUCAGGAGCCAAUCAAUCCAAGUGAUGCUCUUCCUCAUCGUCAUGGAAACCUUGCUGCUUUUUUUUUCAACAUUGAAGCGAGAAUGGAUAGGGACUGCAUGGUGCAUGGAUGAGUCAUGUAUGACAGGAUUCACAAUGGCUGAGCGUACAGUGAACCCCUGUGUUAUUCAACAUUGAAAGCGUAAAAAUCUAAAUACUGACUUUUAUGUAUUCUUUAAAACUACUGCUGACUGUUCACGCUUUACACUUAAUUUCAAAAGUUGAAGCUUUAACUUUAAGCUCCUAAAUUUAAGAUCAAACUCUGACAGUUUGGAUUUUAAAGGGAAGCUUGGACUAAAAGACUUAUAGGCUAUAAUAAGCCACAAUUGUUCUCUUUUACAAAAUUAUGUUAUUAGAAACACAUACAAUAUUGCCAUUGAUUUAAAAAUCAAUAAUAUUUAGUACAUGUUUUGACCUACAGAGGGCACCAUGAUUUAUGCGUGCAAUGGACGCUUGGGGUAAUGACGUAGUUUGUCACUGUCACGAGACGAACACUGCAGGGUUACUGCAAUUCCUUUUACGCGGCGAGAUGUCCAACACAUGCGCAUGUUGUUUAAAAGUGGCGAGUACUUACUAUUUGUGCUUUUAUUGAGUCUUUUAUUACUUUUUCAUUGCCUCAAAAUACGUUAUUGCGUGUGUUUUCCUCUCAUACUUUUAAGCAUUGUGUUUUCUUGUGCUAGCUAUGAAGCAGAUUGUUGAUCUGUUGACCACAUUAAUCCCGUAGCCUAUUUAAACCACCCUUAAUUGAUAUUACUACGUUUAAGUCGCUGCCGGGCUUCCAAAGUAUUACUUAAACGACAUAAACAUGUCAUCAGUUCAACUCAUUCAAUUUGAACCCG